AUGGCUGACCAAUCUACCACUGACCUGAAAUAUGGUCACUUCGGUCAAAUCAUAUACAGCCAAGACGAUCAUACCUGGCUGCUCCCCAGGAAACUCGAGUCUUCAUCCACCUUAGAGCCCCUCGGCACCUCCCAACUCGUCUUCAAGCCGCAACCCUCUCAAUCGCGACCAGAUCCCAUACCCACCGGAAAACCGAGCGUACACCUGAACCGUCAAAUCGCCGACCUCCUUCACUUUGAUCCGACCAUCGCUCCGAGUGCCCAUCUCCUUGUCGAGCCUGCACUUGUAUCGCAAGAGAUCCAAAAGAUUAUCACACGCCAUGAUCCAACCACUGGUCACCUUUUGGCCUUUGGUCGUGUGCCCGAUCAUGCCACAAAGCGUUCCAUGACCAUUGUCACAUUUCCUGCUGCUGACCACGCACACAUCCUGCGACUUGUCCAAGUCCAGCCUCAAAAACAUGGUUGGGAGCGGAACAAGUCUGUCUGGAUCGAUGUUCCGCGUAUAUCUGGUGAAUCUGGUACCUGGCAUGCUCCUCAGCCCAUCCGCCAGAUUUGUUUCGCAGACGCCGACGAGGACUCCAAUCUUGCUCGCACUCUCGCAGUUCGAACCACGACUGCUGUCCAUAUCAUACGUGUCGCUGCAAGAAAACGUGCCUCCUCGUGGAACUCUCUUACUGGCACACCAUCUCGUUUCCAUACAGAUCAGCUGUGUAAUCUGAACCUCGAUUUGUUCAGCGGUCUUGCUCCUGCUCAUGUUGCCUUCAACCACUGGUAUUCGAAGCAGUUUAUCACUGUCGAUCAAUACGGUACCUGGCACGUCUGGGACUCCAGUCUUAGACAGAUUCCAUCUGAGCAUGGCAAAACGAUUGAACUUUGUCGUGGAGCUACCAACGAUCAAGCUGUCCCGGACGAAGAGACCACUACUACUUUAUUGGACGACGGGUGGGGUAGAGCAUUGUGGGCCGGUAAUGUGCAGACCAUCAUUACUGCCAGUAGAAGGUGCUUGGGCAUUUACGACAUCCAAGCAAAACCUGUCAGGCUUCAGUCUCCAGACCUUGGGAUUGCUGGAACUCCUCACUGGAUUCUCGAUAUCAUGCUAAACCCACUGGAUCCAACACUUGUCUUUGUUCUGACCUCAAUAUCGCUGUUCUGUCUACGUGUGCAAUGUCUGGACGAAUUUGAUCCAGAGAGUUAUAGUACUGCUGGUGCUGAGAUUGUAAUGCAGUGCAGACACUUCAGAGAUCCUGAGGACACUGGGCUUGGCUUGUCUAAUUUUGUCGACGAUAUCGACGUUAUCGUGUUUAUCAAGUCUUCAUUGAGUCCACUUGCAACCAGCUUUCGUUUUACGCCGAACGAGUCAACUCCUCGAUUUCUGAAAGUGGCAGAUGCUACUAAACUGGUUCUGCCUGAGAUCCCUACCACAACCUCCUCUGCAGCUUUAACCUUCCAGAUUCAGCCUGCGAAGUACGGAGAGAGUGUACACCAUGAACAGCCAUCCGGACCCGGAAAGAUCUAUCGAGAUCUGUCCACGAGGUUCUUCGUUGGAACUGCUAUCGCCAGUGAUAUGACUGUUGUACAAAAGCUCUAUUAUGCAACACCAAGCACAGUGCUCAAAUCAUCAUCUCCCGAGGUCGCGCCUCCCGAUUGGCGCGGAAGGCUUGUACAAAGUCAUCCUCGUCUACAAGAGACUGGUUUUGUCGCACAGUCUCUGGUCAAUCAAGGACUAGGGAACACCCAAGAAGAUCAAGAUGUUAUAGUAUCCUCUCAUGCUGAUCCGCGGAAAUCAACUCGAGACGAUUGGACCAUGCUAUACGAGUUAUCUCACGCUCGAGCGACUGGCGCUGCUUCAAAGACAGAAGACUUUUCGCGUAUACUCUCGCGGAUCGAAACAGCUCUCCAGGCUCCUGAACCCACUUAUGAUGGCCCUAAGCUUCUGUCAGAAGUAUUCGAUGAUCAAAUCCUGGUACCUGACAUUGAUCAAGCUGCUGCUGAAUUCAAGGACUUGGUUUCCGCCAAGACAGAACAUGGAGAAGACAUGGAGGAUGUUGACCAGAGGUUACAACUUGCGCGUAUUGGCUACUCCUCCCUCAAUCUUGGGUCUGACAGCAAUAUGGAUCUCAUGGCCAUCUAUGAUAACAUUGUGGCCCACUGGCUUACACCACUAUCUCAAACAGUACCUGGAAGAGUACGACUUGUCAAGGAACAACUGGCACGAAGAAUUGCCGCUGGACUUUGUCUGGCAAGUCAUGUCCUCAGGCAGCCACCGGUAGAGCCAAACGAGGAAACGAUACCCGAGACGCAAGCUACUGAAGAGGCAUACUCCUUCCCUCAAUCAUCUCUGCCAACACCGUCACCAACAGCUACACCGUCGAUGACUACAGUCACGUCAUUGUCUAGCCAUCCAUCGACUCUAGUAUCCCCCGAAUUCGCACGCCUGCAACGGUACACCACAUUCGCUCCAGACAAACCCACACCAAGUCCGCUGCCUAAAGGUCUGACCAACACACUCGCGCAUUGGAGCCUUGGCAGGAACCCAGAGAAAUACGAUUGGCUUGCAGUCCAGCGAGAGCAGGAGAAAAAGGCCGAGGAAGAAGACGAGGAUCUGACGCCGAGAGAGAGAGCGAGAUUGAAACGCCGCGCCGAGAAGUUGUUGGACAAGCAGAGGCGUGAAGCGCAAAAAGCAUCUGCCAUGAGUCUCGCGAAUAGCCAAGUCCCCGGCAUCGUAAGUGCGAGUCAGCCUGCAUUCAUGACACCUUCUAGAAGCGAAGCACCGAAUGUGCCUCACUCUGCCAGAGCGGCAAGUCAGGGCACCCAGCUGUUAGCGAGCUCCCAAGCUGCGCCAAACAUGUUCACUAGCCAGAUUCAGCCAGGGAAGUUUGGUGGAAAGCCGGCAAAGAAGAAACGAAGAGUCGUCGGGUUCUAG